AUGAUCAUGUUUGUCGGUGGUUUGAACCACGUGUUCCGGCGGUCGGCGAACGGCUGUAUAAAAAUUGCCUCAGUGGUCGAAGAGAGCAAACGGUGGAAAUCAAAUGUCGGCUUCGUCGGCCUGGGAAACAUGGGAAUUCCGAUGGCGAAAAACUUAUUGAAAAACGGUUACGGAGUGGUGGGCAACGAUGUGUCUGCCGAGAGAAUGGACUUGUUUCGGGGCCUAGACGGAGCCGAGACCGCAGACACGCUGCAGCAAGUGGCCGCGUCCUCGGACGCCGUGAUCACCAUGUUGCCGGCGAGCAAGCACGUGCUUUCGGCGUACGAGAAAUUACUAGAGUCUUCGAAACCGGAACAGUUAUUUGUGGACUGUAGUACAAUCAGUCCAGAGAGUUCUAAAAAAGUUUCAAACAUGGCCGAGCAGAAGGGUUGUAAAUUUUUAGGAGCACCUGUGUCAGGAGGAGUGGUGGGUGCACAGAACGGCACUCUGACAUUCAUGGUGGGCGGGGACGAGAGCACGCUGACGGCGGCCGAACACCUACUCGGCUCCAUGGGGUCCCGGUGGGUGUACUGCGGACCGGCCGGUUCGGGGCUGGUCGCCAAGUUAUGCAACAACAUGAUACUCGGUAUGACCAUGGCUGCGGUGGCUGAGGCUAUGAACCUGGGCAUUAAGCUAGGCAUGGAACCUAAGGUUCUGGCAUCCGUCAUCAAUACGAGCACAGGACGGUGUUGGGCAUCCGAAAUCAACAAUCCCGUGCCCGGAGCCAUCGACAAAGACAUUCCCAGCAACAACGAUUAUCUGAAUGGUUUCAAAGCCGAUUUGCUGCUGAAAGACAUGAGAUUGGGAGAGUCGCUUGCGAAGGAGACACACACGCAGACGCCCUUAACGCGCCUUACUGUGGACGUGUACGCACGUAUAUCGCAGAUGGGAUGGGGUGACAAGGAUUUUUCAAUCGCCUACAAAUACUUCAAGGAACAGCAAUCAUGAUCCAUUCCUGGAGACUUCAAAGUUUAGAGUAUAAAAUUAUAAGAAUACAUAAUAAUAUAUCACAUGUUGAUAUAUUAUAUUGUUAACAUACGUAAAUACACGUAACAUUGAUUUA